AUGUGGUCAAAUAAUAUACCAGCACCAUCAUCAUCAAAGUCUAGGUCUAACUUUAAUGAGUUAGAACCUUUACCUCACUCUAUAUUUCGUAAUAAUAAUAAUGUACAAACAACAAAUCGACAACAUCAUAACCAACUUCCAAACCUUAACAAUGAAAUGAUAUCGAGUGCAUCAGAAGCAUCGAAACUAUUACCAUCGAUCGCUAACCUUCUUUUCUCAAUAAAGAUACAACAAUGCAUAGAAAAGUGUUUCACUCUCUACCUGACAAGAACAGAGAUUAUCAUUACCCUACAGAAUCAAUUCGGUGUUAAUCCCUCUUUUUCAGAAGCAAUGUUAUUGAAUUUAGAAGCAAAGAAUCCAGAUUUCUUUGAUAUCUACUAUAAGAGAUUGAAGAUCAAAGAGCAAAUCAUUGAAUUCAAUCAUUUGGCUAGUUUACAAUUAAAGUCAUUGGUCAAUAGAAACAAUAACCCUCUGACAAAUAAUAAUAAUAAUAAUAAUAACAAUGGUAAUAAUGUAAAUGGAAAUGGUAAUUCACUGCAACAACCAUUGAAUACCCAAAUACCACUGACGUCCAACGAUAACUUUACAUUCCAACACCACCACCACCACGAUCCACUUUUAAUCAACACAAACUUUGAGAGCAACGAUGCCACCUCAACGACAACAACCACUGCAACAUCACUUGCAAACCUUCAAGAUCCAAACAACAAUAACUCAACCAACUUGGAUACAUCAAAUAACAACAAUACUAAUAAUAAUAAUAACAAUGUAAAUAGACAAAUCUUCCAACAAUCAACUACUGAUGUUUUAUCUUUAUUCUCAAGUACUUCUGCAACUAAUAAUAAUAAUUUUGGACUUACAGACACAUCAAAUGUAUUUGAUCAAUCAGGCUUUGGUAUGGGUCCAAUCGAUUUCUCAUCGAUACCACUGAAUUCAUCAUUUUCAUUUGCACUAGGUGGCAAUGACAUGAAAAACAGUCAUAUGAACAAUGGUUCCGACACUGACAAAUCAAACACCAAUGGCAUGACUGCUGGUCAAAACGAUCUUAGAAAAUCAAACCUCUCCUUAAAUAUAUCGAUAGGUGGUGAAUUAGACUUUUUUGAUUCUAAUAAACUAUAA